CUUGAUUAGUAGAGAAAAAAACGACCAGCUCUGCAAACUUAAUUUUUGUCUCUCUUCUCAAUAAGUCAAACCAGUUUGUGCACAUACGAUAACAACUCAAUGUUAUGAAGAGAGUGAGAGCACCGAAGUAAAAAAAAAUCAUUUUUGUGCGCAAACUAAAACCAGCAGUUUUACAUUUUCGUUCAGCUUGCUCGGUCGUCGAUUUUAAAGUUAAGUUGUGAUGUACUUAAGAAUUUUGAUAUGACGAAGCCAAUUUUGAUACUUGAUUUAGGCUCAACGACUGUUCGAGCUUUUGUGAUAAGCUCAACGACGUUUGAAAUUCUCGGAAGUGCUAAGUACGAGAUAAAAUUAAUCCAGUCAGACGAAGGCACAUGCGAAAUAAACCCAAACGAUUUAUUCACAAAUAUUGUAAAAAUUCUCCGAAAUGCUUUAAAAGAUGCGCAAGUGGAUGUUGAAAAUAUAUUAUGUCUUGGCAUGACAGUACAGCGAGCUACAUUUAUUACCAUAGACAAGGUCACUGGUGAACCAUUCCAUCAUCUCACAUCAUGGUCGGAUCGUAGGGGAAGUGACAUGGUAGAUAACUUUAAUACCGGUUGUUUCCUCAAAUCUAUCAAUUGCGGUGCAGCAUUUUUAUAUUGGAUCACGCGAAGUGAGCGAUUUAAACAGGUCAGCAAACUGAAAAUGCUCAACAAUUUUAUUGCACCACGUUUAUCACAUUUGAUGCAAACUAACAGGAAAUUAAAAGAGGCAGUGAAAUCUGGUCGUGCAGCAAUAUGUACCGUAGAUACAUGGCUUCUAAAUCGAUUAAAAAAUUUCAAUAAAUUUGAAAAAUUUGAUUUUAUCACCGACAUAACGAAUGCUUGUGCAACUGGACUUUUUGAUCCAUUCACUCUUGAUUACGUAUCAAUGAACUUGAAAAUGAUUGGUAUUGACAGAAGCGUACUGCCUAGAAUUGUUGACAAUUCAUAUGACUUCGGUUAUACACAUAAAGGUGUACUUGGCGUGCCGGUUCAUAUCUCAACAACGAUUGCGGAUCAAGCAGCUUCAUUGAUUGGAAACGCAUGUUUCCGUAAAAUGGAUGCAAAAAUAACGUUGGGAACUGGGACAUUUCUAAACAUAAACACUGGUCGUAAAUGCAUGGGUUCACGUACGGGUGCAUAUCCAUUGAUUGCAUGGAACACGCAAACGAGGAAGAAGCAAUCGUCAAUGGUCUUUUAUACGGAGAGGCCAUUUAAUGAAUCGUCAACUUUAAUUCGAUUUGCAAAAACAAUUGGACUGUGUACGAAUGUUGAAGAGCUAUCUGACAUGGCAUUAUCAGUAAAUGAUUCGGAUGGUGUUAUGUUUAUACCGAAAUUUCAUUCAUUGGCAGGCUUUAUUGGAUAUAAACAGUCGACGACUAAAUGUCAUUUUGUACGAGCCGUUUUGGAAAGUAUUGUCUUUAAAGCUGCCAACUUCUAUUUCCUUUCCAAAGAGGAUUCAAAUUAUCAUUUCGAUAAAAUUAGAAUUGAUGGUGGAAUAUCUGCAAAUGACUUUAUUUGUCAAUCAAUCGCCGACUUGCUCAAUAUUCCAAUAGAACGUGGCAAUAAUAGUACUGAAUUAACGUCCAUUGGAUGUGCAUAUUUAGCCGCAUACAACUGUGGAGUUCUUGAUGAACUCGAGAGUGCUUCACAAUUCUAUAAAGUUCAAAAAACAUUCAUACCCAAUGAAGUCAAUCGAAAAGAGCUUUUUAUGAGGUAUAAGAAGUUUGAGGAACUAAAUAGUCGUUAUAAUUAAAUUUUAUGUACCUUAAAAGUAUUGGUUUUGAACUGGUGAUAAUAAAUUUUAAAAUUAUUUUGUGUGAAUUUUUA